UUGGAGGGUCGAGAAGGUGGAAGAGAGGGACACGAAGCAGAGGUACAGAGAAAUGCAGAAAUUUCGAGGAAUAUAUUAAAAAAUGCAUUCCUCGUCUCAUUAUUCUUCACUUUCAGUUAUUGCGAGCCAUUGUAGCUAUCGUACGCCUCUCGGAUUAUCCUAUUUAUACCUCACUCAUCGCCGCUUCCACCACCGCCCUCCGCUGAAGCUGGCCGCCGCCAUCACCGCCUUCUCCUACCGCCGCUGCCGCUUUGCCUACCCGUAUCUCCUCACGGGGAACUCUCUCUUAUCCCGCAUGGAGCGGUUCUGGGCUGGAAGCGGUGUUGGUAGGAACCAAGAAAUGGUGUCUCAUUUGCAGAGCUCGGGCGUGAUAAGAUCAAAGAAAGUUGCAGAAGUAAUGGAAACAAUUGAUAGGGCUUUGUUUGUGCCAGCGGGUGCACAACCCUAUGUUGAUAGUCCCAUGCCGAUAGGCCACAAUGCUACGAUUUCUGCUCCUCAUAUGCAUGCAAUGUGCCUCGAGUUAUUGGAGAACCACUUGAAGCCCGGCAUGUGUGCACUGGAUGUUGGUUCAGGGACUGGUUAUUUGACUGCUUGCCUUGCCCUUAUGGUUGGACCAGAAGGCCACUCCGUUGGAGUCGAACAUAUUCCGGAGUUGGUUGAGUCUUCUAUUAAAAGUAUCCAAAAGAGUGCUGCAGCUCCCCUACUUAAAGAAGGGUCCCUCUCAAUCCAUGCUGCAGAUGGAAGGCAGGGCUGGCCGGAGCAUGCACCUUAUGAUGCUAUUCACGUUGGAGCAGCUGCACCAGAAAUCCCUCCAGCACUUAUCGAACAACUGAAACCGGGUGGCAGAUUGGUGAUCCCCGUUGGGAAUAUCUUCCAGGACCUGCAAGUCGUGGACAAGAAGGAGGAUGGCAGUCUAAGUGUCCGGAGUGAGACCUCAGUACGUUACGUUCCAUUGACAAGCCGAGAGGCUCAGACCCGAGGUCACCAGUACUAGGUUUUCCCAGCAGGUGUUGAGUCGAUUGGGUGUCUUCAUUCAAGCGAAGGUACAGACGAAGAACAAAAGGAUCACUUGGGGUCAGCGGGGCCUUCAAGCAUCUGAAAAUUAACCGGGGUUGUAACUUGUAAAUGACAUAGCCUUCCUGAUAGCAAAUGACUUGACUACUUCAUAAAACGAAGUUAUUCUUAUUCUUUUUUCCAAAGAAGUCCUGCUCCAACGAGUAAAUCUGCGUCUUACAGACUCGGACAAGCAAUGGCGCAGUCGGAAAAAGAAACCUUAGUGGCAACUGGGUCUUCUACAUUGAAUUCAAUAUUUCAAGAAAUCUUCGUUUUGUGGGUUUGCGCAUUCAACAUUUCAAGAAAUCAGUUUUCCUGGAUAAGUGAGUUCCAGUUUCAUGAUGUGGGUUUUUGUACAACGAUUUGUAUAAAAUCUGACAAUUUUGAUCAUUUUAAACGAAUACAAAAAUCGACUGGGGGUGUUAAAUA